AUGACCCUAGCCCAAGCGUUGACAGCUCUUCUAGUGUUGGAAGAUCAGACCAUGCAAACUGCCCUGGAAGAAUUUCUUUCUGGUCGAUCCACGGCUCUGAGUUGCAUCUUGGGGGCGGAUGAGGAAACAUCCAGUGGUCAGUCAUUAAGCAAUUCUAAAAUUACCAUUGAAGAACGUCUUUCCUUGGUAGUGAAUCUUCUCAUCCAAGUCGACCGAGUUUUGACCACACUCUUCCUGCCCAAUGGUCAAAUCUCCUCUCUCCUCCAAAAAAUGGUCAAGUGGUGUCCAAAAGAAGCCACUUGGUUUAGUGGAGAGAAUCUUUUUGAGCAUUUGCCUGACAAUGUGGCGAAAUACCAUAUAACCAUGGCACCGGCACAUACACGUCAAUCCAAAUCUCCAUCAUUCUCCCAUAGUCAAUUGCAACCAUCAGAAGAGAUCUUUGGAACUUCACCGAGCGGUAUUCGAGCUGUUGCCUUGGAAAAUGACGUGCUGUUGGAACAUUUCAUGAAUUGGUGGCAGUCCACACAAUCUUUUUGCCAAAAUCAUCUUUCCUCUGUUCUUUCAUCGCAUCUCCUUGAUCUUGGAGACCUUGUGGAAACAAGACGUGCUCUUCUAAAUAAGCUAUCUGCUUGCAAUUCCUUCGGGAAUAUAAUUGGACAUCCUGUUGAUCUCUGGACUGACCUCUUCCGGUCUCCGUUCCUUAAACAUCUUGAGGUCCUCCUGAAAUCUACUCUUAAUAAUGUGUUUACAGAAUUCGAGACAUCACUGCUCUCACUAGCUAAGUCUAUCGAUGAGUCGGGGUCAAAAAAUUCGCAAACAGUCUCGGUAGACGACGAUGAACGGGAUCUCGUGUCGUUUGUCUGGUCACAGAGCCAGCUUUCUUCUAAUCAGACUGCUUUAUCUCGAAGUCAGGUUGGAUCAAGUGGCCAAAUUUCCGAUAUCCCACUUGAUCAGUUGUUAGAUGUGUCACCAAAAGAUUUGGGAUUUGUCUAUUUUGCUUGCCUGAUUGGUCGACGCGAUCUUCUUCUUCCUUCUAAUUACUCGCCAAUGCCAAAUGAUUCUCGCACUGCGAUCAAUAACGAUAAAAAAUAUGAGUUGAGCCAACACCAACUACCUGGCCCACUGAGAUGGCGUCUUGAUCGUUUACUUGAGAGUGCUGCAUUCACCUAUUCGGCAUUCGAUUCUCGAAGUGGUACUCAACAUAAUGUCGAGGGAGAUAGAGAAACCACAGUCUCCUCAAAUCGACAAGAACUCAACAGGAAGAGAAAACUUGUCACCCCUAGAUUGAAGGAAAUAUGCAGUAAUUGCAACAAUCGAGUCUGUGAAAUUGUCGCAACUGCGGCCUCAGAAGACGUUGCAACCUGGAAAGUUCUGCUUUCCUCUAUCGAGGAUCUUAUCACUCGUUUCACCAAUUUGGCACAACGAGUCUACGAUGGAGAAAAGUUCAACACUUCAGCGCAUGGAAUCUUCUGUGUGGCUCGAGCUUGUUUCUGCCUCCUUGAUGUCUAUCCUGCUCUAGGGGCAACUGUCGUCACAGCAACUGCGAGAAUACUGGCUGAAGAAGAGACGAGCUCUCCAUUCGCACCAUGGAUGGAUGUGGCUAAAUUGCGUCAAGCUUGGAUAAACAGUAGCCGACAGCUUCGUUCAAUUGCUGCACGUUUGAGUCUUGCUGCUGUUCUUCGUGCUACAGUGGAAUCUCCCGUGCUUAAUGAGUUGUUUAAUACACUCUCUUCUAUUUUUCAAAAUUCGAACAAUGUUGUCGGUAGUGGUGACGCGAAGUUAGUCAGUAUAACUUCGCAAUGGACUGAAAUCAAGCUAAAUCCUACAACAGAAUCCGAUUUGCCUUUGGCUGGUGUUAGUUUGAAAGUUCCUUCCCAUCCAUCCUUCCCACUUCAAGAGGCCCUUUUGAGCCUCGCUCGAAAUCUGACGAACCUGAGUGUCCACGUUCUCCCGCGUGGAACUCUAGGCGAAGAAUUUGGUUUACGGCUUGCAAACAGUUUUCUCACUGUUUACAAUCGAUUAGUUCAAGCUGAAACCCUCUCCCAAUCGCAGGCUUUUCAACUCCUUUUUGAUGUUCGUUUCAUCUUUCGAUUACUAGUUUCCCCAUUUGUCAGUGCUGAAAAACUUCCGAAUUCUACAACAACGGAUUUCAUUACUGUGGCGAGUGUGUCGGUGAUGGGCCAAGACCUAUUGAAACGCCUUGAAAGUGCUAUAGAUCCAUUUGAUCUGGAAAUGGCUUCGGAACGUUUGAAUGUUAGUAUUGGACAAGCUGUUAGAUCAACUGCCUCGCUAUACGCCUCUCUUUUGCCUAUACAUUCGUCAACAAUCAGCCCUGAUGAGUAUUCAGGAAAGGUGGAUGAUUUGUCUAACCUCACUUUUCUUCCUCUAACUCCAUCGUCAAAAGUUUUAGAUGGCAAAGAAAAGACUGCCGAUAUUGGGGUGGAAAAGACGAAAUCCGCUGUCUUUGGACUUCUCCCCUUCUCACUCUCUCAGGUUCGACCCCCACCCCAUGUUAUCCCAGUGGUUAAAGCGAGAUCACAACCACCUGUUCAAGAGAAACCGAAGGAUCUGACAACUUCACGCAAUUCUGUCACUGAUUUUUCAUGGUUUAGUGGACUUUCCUUCACUUGA